AUGAAGCUCGAAGUGAAAACAACCUCCAAACAAACCGUCCAGCCAUCCUCCCCAACUCCUCCUCGCCUCAAAACCUUCCACCUCUCCCUCCUCGACCAACUCAUCCUUCCUCCUUACGCUCCACUCAUCCUCUUCUACCCGAACUCCCAACACGGCGUCGUAUCGAGCAGCUCGCGCCUCAACGUGCUCAAAUCGUCCCUGUCCGAAACCCUGAACCGGUUCUACCCGCUGGCCGGAACCCUCUCCUCGGACGAUCUCACCAUCGACUGCGACGAUCGAGGGGCCAAUUUCGUCGAGGCUCGAGCCGAUUGCACCAUGACCCGGUUCCUCACCCAACCGGAUCUCUUAUCGCUGCCCAACCUCCUCCCCGUCGACCCGGCCGGACCGAUGGUCGAGCCCAGACACGUGUCGAAUUUCCAGGUCACCGAGUUCGCCUGCGGCGGGAUUGCCAUCGGGAUUUGCAUCUCGCACAAGAUCCUCGACGGCGCCGCGCUCGGCACUUUCCUCAAGGCGUGGACCACCACCGCGGCCGUCGAGGAGGAAAAGGAAACGAGUAGCGCGCUAAUUGAUCCCGAAUUCGUCGCUGGCACUCUGUUUCCGGCGAGAGGCUCCCACUGGCUCCGGGACGCCUCAAUGCCGAUGUGGGGAUCGUUCUUCAAGACGGGGAAAUGCGUGACGCGACGAAUCGUCUUCGAUUCGCCGGCGAUCCUGUCUCUCAAGUCCCGUUCGAAGUCGCCGGCGAGCAGAGUCGAGAUCAUUUCGGCCCUGCUCUGGAAAUCAAUCAUGGCCGUGACCCAGAAACCUUCCGUCCUCACCCACAUGGUAAAUCUCCGGAAUCGGGUGUCGCCGCCGCUCUCCCGAAACACCGUCGGAAACCUCCUCUGGAUCUCGUCGGCGAAACACGAUCCGAAAACAGAGCAUCCGUUUAAGCCCUCGGCGCUCGGGGAAUUGGCGGGGAAAGUAAGGGAAUCGAUUUCCAAAAUCGAUUGUGGGUUUGUGGGGAGGCUGAUUGGGGCGGAGAGGGAGUCGGCGAUGGCGGAGACGUUUGAUGGGAUCGUGGAGAUGAAGACGAAGGAAGGGGCGGAUUUUGUAGGGGUUUCGAGCUGGUGCAGGCUGGGGUUUUACGGGUCGGAUUUCGGGUGGGGAAAGCCGGUUUGGGUGAGCAGCUACGGGUUGGAAGGUUCGGUGUUCUUGAAUCUGGUGAUGCUGGCGGAUACGCCGUGCGGCGAAGGGGUGGAGGCGUGGGUGACGAUGGACGAGGAGGAGAUGGCGGCGGUGGCGAGGAAUGAGGAGAUGUUGGAGUUUGCCAAGUUUGAUCCCAGUCCGUUGGUGAAUUUGACAAGUGGUUAG